GUCUGCCCCUGGAGAGGUUCUCAGUUUGGUUCCUCCCCGCUCCGAAUGGCGGUCCAGACGGGGAAAAGCCCGCACUGUCCGGAUGAAGGUGCUAGCACUCGGAUAUCCGCGCACUGGAACAUCUUCUCUGCGCAAGGCGCUCAAAAUUCUCGGCUACGACGAGGUCUACCACAUGGAGUCGGUAUUUGAGAAUCCCCACGACGCGGAUCUCUGGAAGGAAGUGUACCAGACAAAAUACGAGCAGGGGAAGCUGGUUUCGAGAGAGAAAUUCGAUGAGAUCCUUGGUCACUGUGAGGCGACCACCGACGCCCCUCCCAUGAUGUAUGCCGAGGACCUGAUCGCCGCCUAUCCGGACGCAAAAGUCAUCCUCACUCUACGUGACCCGACAAAGUGGUGGAAAUCUUUCCUCUCGACCGUUGCAAGGGUGCCUCAAAACCGCACAUUGGGCCUCGCCAUGAAGCUUGAUUAUUCCGGUGUCCGGCACCUUGGGGGAAUGGCGAAACAGAUGGGUCGGCAACUGUGCGGACCGGAAGCGACGGCCCAAGGCGCCCAGGCCCGUUUUGUUGCGCACUACGACCACGUCCGCGCGUUGGUGCCUAGAGAGAGGCUUCUCGAGUUCGAUGUCAAGGACGGAUGGGAAUCGCUGUGCCCGUUCCUUGGUGUGCCGAUCCCCGAUUGCGAGUAUCCGUACUCGAACGACAGCGCGAUCUUCAAUCAGAGGAUCACCGCGACAGGCCGAGCUGCCCUCUGGCGUGUUGCCGGGGAUCUCGUCGUUCCCGUGUUAGGAUUGCUAGCUGUCGGCCUGGCUGCAUAUUUCAGCUCGGCAAAGUUUUAGUCGCUAGAAGGCAACAUUCAUGAUUUGUGUCCUUGUACAUUCGUGGCGACAAUUGGGUACGCUUCGAUAAGUAAUCUCAGGCUAACAGCUUGUAUCAAUACGCAGCGAUUUCUGACCAAUGCUGCUCUAGGAUCGAGCCGCCUGUUUGAGAAUCCAGACUGGUGAGGGCUUUGAUAAUGAGUAACGAUAUAUAUGGGUACUUCAUAUUGG